ACACGUGCUGGGAAUAACAACACACCGGGAAUCAAAACAAAAUAACUUUUAGUACAAAAUCCGAAGUAAUACCACCAGUCCAUGCAUUCAGCGGGUAGAGUGAACAAUAUUUCCUUCAACUUCAAAAGAUAAAUAUGAAUUUUGCGAGAAGGUCUUGUGUGUAUGAUUAUGAAAGCUCGCCAAGUGAUCUCGAGUCUUUCCUAGAGUUCACCGAUCGAAUGAAUAUUCCCCUGGCUCCGGAUUACAUCAACCAAAUUAGCCAUCGUCACGGCAAAGGAACCUUUGAUUUAGAUGCUUUCGAGAUUGCUGUUAAAGACAGCAAAGUAAAACAUCCAGUAGACGAAAAUCUGGAGGACAGAAGACUACAAAAUGUGUUAUGGCGAGCGUGGUGGCGACAGAAGCGAUUCCGGACAAACGCAACAAAGCGGAUUCUUCGAGAGGACGAGAUGUUCGAUAAGCUUGAUGGCGGAGUUGAGUUCACACUAAGGGGCAAAGAGAUAGGCGACAUUCCCACCGAAUACUCGGUGACCGACCUCAAGUCCCAUGAACUGCCCGUAGUCGGAACCUACGUUGACCCCAACGUGAGCCCGGGUUUUCGCUACAAAGUUCGCGUGGGAGGUUCGGAUGACUACCUUUUUGAAGGCAAGGCAGUGUUGUUGGAAAGAGUCGGCGCAGGCUACGGAAAGAGACUCACGUUUGAGAGUGAGGAUGUCCUACAUAACGACAAUUUCUUCUGGUCAGACAGCAACCCAGAUGCAGGUUUCGCGUUUUCGAUCCAGAUCGUUUCCCAGGGGGAAACUUUCCGUGUUUUCGACGGGUCCUCUCGUUACAUCGGGGAAGCAGAAGUAACAACCAUCCUUGAUAAUCAACAAAUUCUGGGAUCUAAGAUGGAGGAGAGUGGCUUAAACAAAACUGUGACAGUUGAGUUUGACUGUAAAUUGAAGUACAGUUGUGACAUUUCCCUGGCACCAAAGACCAUGCGAGUAAGUGGUGUUGCGGAGGCGCACAAGUCACGCGAUACCCAUAGGGCUUCAGUCGUACAAAUCACGGACAUUGAGCUGCCAGAUUUUGGUAAAUGUGUGCUCAGAAAAUGAACUUUGUUUUUAUGAUUAAGAUUUUCUCGAAGUUCAGUAUGAGAAAUAAUCUGUGAUGCAGGCUAAAUGUGAUGUUUUAUUAUUAUUUUUUUAUUUUUGUCUAAUACUAUGUAUAUAAAAACUAUGUAUAUAAAAAUUAUCUAAUAUUAUCUAUUAUCUAGUAUUAUAAAAAUACCUAUUAAACAAUAAGAUAAAGCAAUGUUAUCAUCUUCAAGUACAUGUGAUUGACGAUAAAAUACAUUGGGUGCCAUAA